AUGAGUGAUGAUGGACAGCAUGAACAUGAGAAGAAAAAAGGAAAAGAAAAGAAAAAAGAUAUUUCGGUUGGAACACUUUCAUCAAAAUUAAUGAAAUCGAUGAGAAUAUCAUCUGGAAAAUCACGUGCUCCAAUUCCAUUCGAAACAAGCUCUGAUCAUACAGCUUCCAGUUCUCAUAGAGGCAAUCAUUUGACUGCAAGUAGUGAUAGUUCCUUUACAACAUAUGGAGCAUCGGAAUUAACUCCUGUUUCAUCAACUACAACAACAAACGAUCUUGAUGUUACUUCAUUGACUGAUGAUGAAGUACGAGAACGUUUCAAAUCUGUUAUGGAUGAUUUAUUUGAAGGAAAUGAAACAAAGAAGAAAAUGUUCGAACAAACAACAACAGCUCAUAUGAGAGAAAUGCUUAGUUCACAUUAUAAACUUGCUACCAAUGAAAUGAGUGGUCCAAAAUCACCUGAAUAUCAAAUUCAAAGUUUAAAUAAUGUUACUAUUGAUAAUAUUUAUUCGAGAAAUAGUAAAGAUACAUUUGAACGUGUUGCAUUUUCAUUAAAAAAAUAUGGUUUAAAAUGGAGUAAAGUAUUUGGUGAGAAAUCCAAUGGACCAAAUGCAAUGCUUAAAGCAAUGCGAGCUUGUAUAGCUAAAAUUGAAUUUACUCGCGAAAAGGCGACUAAAGAUGGUGAUGAACGUAAAGAAAAGCAAAGUACAUUAUAUGAAAUACUUGGUGCUGGUAUUGAAGCAUUUAAAACUUAUCUUAAUCUUGGUUGGAAUUUUAAUUCAAUGAAAGAAUCAUUAGCAAAAGAGAUUGCGGAAAUUACUAUUGAUGUAUUAAAUAUUAUACAUAUGGAAAAUGAUGAACGUUUAAAUAAAAUUAAACAAGCAUGUGCAAUUCUUUUAUUUACAUUAGCUAUGCCGAAUGAAAAUAAUCCAUCGAAUGGUCAGAAUAUUGUUCAACUUUUAUCACAAUCUGCUAAAAAAUGGUGUCCUGGUCGUGAACGAUUUGAUUGUUUAGUUAAUUCAUUCGAAGCUGGAAUAGAAAUAGCUACUAGUUUUUUAAUGUGUAUCAAUGCAAUAUUUGUUACAUUAUCAACAGAAGAUCGAUAUCAUUUACGUAGUGAAUUAUUUCGUUCUGGUUUUAAAACACAUUUCGAAAAAUUACAAAAGAAAGUUGUUGAAUGUGAAGAUCCAAAACAAAAAGAUAAUUUAUCAGCACAUAUUAAUUUAUUUCUUCGUCAUAUCGAAGAUGAUUAUCAAUCAAUGAAUAUUAAACUUGAAUCAAUAUCAAAUACAUGGGCUGAUCUUCAAGCUUGUUUUGAUUAUUUAUAUGGUUUAGUUAAAAAUACAUCAUCAGAACCAAUACUUGCAAGUAUUAUCAAUCGUCUUAUAUGUAUUCGAGAUGAUCAAGCUAUUCGUCAAUCGUAUUUACGUUUAAUUGAUGAAAGUAUAACACGUAUUGUGUUUUCGAAAACAGCAUGUGAUCCUGAUUUUGAUACAUAUUCAAUGGAUAGUGAAUCAAUUGGUGAUUCAGGUUUAAGUUUAAGUGAUCAUUUACCAUCAGCACGUAAUGGUUCAAUACAUGAUCUAUCACAAAUGACUGGAAAUGCUGCGAAUAAUUUAGCUGCUACAGAAAAUGAAAUACAAAUAAAUUUAAUGAAAGGACGUAUUGAACAUCUUGAACAAACAAGAGAAAAAUUAUCCAAAGCAUUGGAAACGAUUUUAACACAAGUCGAUACAGAAACAGGAAAUCAAUUCAAAAGACAAUACAGUGAUAUUUUUGGUAAAUCACCCUCGACAAAUGGUUCGUCUGGUAAUAUUCCACCACCACCACCUCCACCGUUUCCAUCCACAAUGGGAAAUAUACCACCACCGCCACCGAUGCCACCAGCAUUUGGAAAUAUGCCACCACCACCACCUCCAUUACCUGGAAGUUUGAUGCCACCACCACCGCCACCAGGAAAUAUACCUCCACCACCUCCUCCUAUGCCAGGUCUCAUACCACCAGCACCUCCAAUGAUGACUGAAGGUGGUAUACCACCACCACCACCUCCUCCACCAUUUCCAGGAAUGAUAGGUAGCGGAGGACCACCACCUCCACCGCCACCGUUUCCAGGAAUGACUGGUAGUGGAAGUCCACCACCUCCGCCUCCACCAUUUCCAGGUAUGGCUGGUGUUGGAGGUGCACCACCACCCCCACCAAUGAUGGGUAUGAAUGCUCCUCCACUUGGUCCACCACCAAUGCCUGAAUAUUUACGACCAAAACAAAAAUAUGUCGUUGGUGAAGCUGUUAAAAAAGUAGCUUGGAACAAAAUAAAUCCUCAAUCAAUUAAAAAGGAAUCGAUUUGGGCAAAUAUUGAUGAAAAAAAUUUUCAAAAUAAAGAUUUCUUUACAACAAUCAAACAAAAUUUUGCUACAAAAUCAGCUCCUACUAAAAAUCUUCCUGAUAGUGAUACUGAAUCAUCAUCAUCGACAGCAACAACGAAGAAAACCAAAGAAUUUCGUGUACUCGAUCCACGUGCUGGUCAAAAUUUUGCUAUUAUGUUUAGUCAAUUGAAAUCAAGUCCACAACAAUUUCGUCAAUGGUUACUUUCUUGUGAUAGUCAACAUUUAACAAGUGAUUUACUUGCUCAACUAGAUAAAUCAUUACCUAGUGCAGAAGAAUUAAAAAAACUUUCUGAAUUAAAAAAUGAAAUUAAUGAUUUACCUGAUUCAGAACAGUAUUUUUGUGCUGUCAGCGAUAUUAAACGUUUACAACAACGUAUUAAAAUACUUCUAUUUAAAAGUCAAUACAAAGAAUUACUCGAGGAUACUGAAAAGAAUCUUGUUGCUGCUCGACAAGCCUGUGAUACAGUUCGUCAAUCGAAACGUUUUCCAAAAUUAAUCGAACUUGUAUUAACAAUUGGUAAUUAUAUGAAUUCAAGUGCUAAAACUUAUGAACCUAUAUAUGGUUUCGAUAUGAGUUUUCUUCCAAAAUUACAUUCAACAAAAGCAAAUGAUGGUAAACGAACAUUAUUACAUUUUAUUUUACAAGAAAUUGAAAAAGAUCACGCGGAUUUAUUAAAAUUUGGUGAUGAAUUUCAAGGUGUUGCUGAAGUAGCAUCAAAAAUUGAUACCAAUGAAUUACAACGUACAUUAAAUGAAAUAAAAUCACGUGUAGCUGGUGCACAAACAGAUGUAGAUAAUGCAAAAACUGCUACAACAGAUUCAAUCCCAGGAGAUCGUUUUGCUGAUUCAUUGGAGGGUUUUGUUAAAUCAGCACGUGGUGAUGUUGAAAGAUUGGAAGCAUUACAUGUUAAAUUAACAAAUGCUUAUCAGAAUUUAUGUGAUUAUUUAACAAUUGAUUCGAAAAAAUGUCCAUUAAGUGAUUUUUUUACUGACUUAAAAACAUUCUGUACAGUAUUUCUAACAUGCUUACAAGAAAAUCGUUUAUGGCGUGAACAAGAAGAAAAAUCUCAACGUGCCAAACAAUCAAAACACCUUGUGGAUGAAAUUCGAAAGACUCAUCGUGCUGAACCGAAACCACAAGUUAAACAAUAUUUUAAACCAAGUGAUGAAGAUACUGAUGUUGUAUCAAAUCUUAUGUCUGUUCUCAAAGAUACAAAUAUGGUAUCACAACAAAGACGAGGAGUUCGACGACCACCAGAAGUUGCCUCAUUUGCUGGAGUAUUGAAUGAAUUAAAUAAUACUAAAGUACAGCGACCACCACCAUCGUCUCGUGGUGAUAAUCGACCUGCUGCUGCUGCACAGCAUCGUCUACCACCACCACCACCACCAUCGUCAUCUCAGGGUGGAACUCGGUCAGCACAGCAGCGGCCACCACCACCACCUAUACCAUCAAGAAAUCCUCGUUCUACAACGGUAGACUAA